AUGACGAAAGAAGACAUUAUCAUCACCGGCAUCUCGGGACGAUACCCGCAAGCAGACAGCUUGUCAGAAUUCAAGGAGAAGCUCUUCAGGGGUGUUGACCUUAUCACAGACGAUGAGGCUCGUUGGCCAAGAGGCUUCCUCGGAGUGCCUGAGAGAAUGGGGACCAUCAAAGACUUGUCGCGGUUCGACGCAAGCUUCUUCGGAGUGCCGCCUAAGCAAGUGCAGCUCAUGGACCCUCAGCUGCGUCUCCUUUUGGAGAGCUCGUACGAAGCCAUCGUAGAUGCCGGCUACGAUCCGGCGACACUACGCGGACGCAAGAUCGGCGUCUUCGUCGGCUGCGGGCUGUCCGAGACGCUGACUGCGUUGGGCGGUGAUUCGGCCACGAUUGACGGUUACAUCGUGACCGGAGCGGCUCUGCACAUGUUCUCGAAUCGUGUCUCCUACUGCCUCGACUUUUGCGGACCAAGCUUCACGGUGGACUCGGCAUCCUCCUCCACGAUGACAGCAUUGAGCCUAGCCCUGCAGUCACUUCGCUGUGGUGAAUGCGAGGCCGCCAUCGUUGGGGGCUCCAACGUCAUGCUCAAUCCGCUCUCGACGCUGAGCGAGUUCCGAUUCGGCAUGCUAUCACGAGAUGGAAAAAGCAAGACAUUCAACGCCAACGCGGACGGUUACGUGCGAAGUGAAACCAUAGGAGCCAUGUUUCUUCAGCCUGCUUCCGAAGCACUCAGGUUCUAUGCCAAGUUGAUUAACGUCAGGGGCAACGCAGACGGCUACAAGGUUGAAGGGAUCACCGUUCCGUCGAGCAAGAAGCAAGAGGAGCUGCUUCGCGAAGUCUACGCCGGCGCCGGCGUGGACCCACUGAAGGUCACCUACAUCGAAGCCCACGGAACAGGAACGAAGGUGGGAGACCCUCGAGAAUUGGCGGCGCUCGGCAGAUUCUUCUGUGUUCCGGAGCGCGAGAGACCCCUCAAAAUUGGUGCGGUCAAGAGCAACGCGGGCCACGCCGAAGCCGCCUCCUCAAUCUCAACAAUUUCCAAGGUGAUCAUUCUCAUGGAGACAGGCAUGAUUCCGCCAAACUUGCACUUCACGGAUCCUAACCCGAGCAUUUCGUGUCUUCACGACGGAAGCACCGAGGUGAUCUGCAAGCUGACACCCUUUGAUGGCGGCACAGUUGGCAUCAAUGCGUUUGGUUUCGGCGGGACCAACGUCCAUGCCAUUCUCGAAUCAAACCCGGGACCGCACGUGGACACAAUGACCCGGGAAAAGCCUGAGCUCCCUCGACUCGUUCUCAUGGCUGGAAGGAGUGAAGACUCGCUGAGGAAAACUCUGGAUAGGCUGGAAGCGGAUGGACCCUACCCCGAUUCUGCGUACGCCCUGUUGAACCGAGUAGGGCAGCCCGGCGUAAAGCAGUUCCCAUUCCGCGGCUACGCCUUGAUUCCUGUGGACGGCUCACAGAAACCCGCGACCAAGGUCGUCGAGAAGGUCUUCCCAGCGCGGAGACCACUGUGGUUCGUAUUCACCGGCAUGGGCUGCCAGUGGAACAGCAUGGCAAGGCAGAUGAUGCAGUUCGACGUGUUCGCCCGCUCAAUCCACACAUCGCACGACCUACUCGCGAGGAAUUUCGGCCUCGACCUCAUCGACCUGGUGACUAGUGACGAGCCGCGAGGCCCGGAGACCGUGGCGAACGUCCUUGUAUCCAUCGUAGCAAUUCAGGUGGCGCUUGUCGACGUCAUUUACGCUGUCGGUCUUCGGCCCGACGGAAUUGUGGGUCACUCACUGGGAGAGAUCGCCAGUGCGUAUGCCGACGGGGGCCUGACCGCAGAGCAGGCCAUGCUGUGCGCCUACUGGCGUGGACGAUGCACUGAUGUAGGCAAUCUUCCAAGAGGAGCCAUGGCCGCUGUCGGGUUGACAUGGGAAGAAGCUAAAAGGCGUGGCCGUAACGGUGUGGAAGCUGCAUGCCACAACGCCGAGGAUUCUGUGACCGUGUCCGGACCGGAGGACGCCAUUGCCGACCUGGUGAAGGAGCUGCGAGCGGAGAAAUUGUUUGCUAGAAUUGUGAAUACUAUGAACGUGGCCUUCCACAGCACUCAGAUGCAGCGCGUAGGACCUGCGCUGCUGCAAGAAUAUAAACAGGUGGUUCUGGAGCCAAAGCCCCGUGGAAAAAAUUGGGUGAGUUCCUCUGUCCCCGAGAGCCGUUGGAAGGAGCCCAUCGCUCAGCACUGCUCUGCCGAGUACUUCGUCAACAACCUCGUUUCACCCGUGCUCUUCUGCGAGGCCCUGCAACACGUGCCUAAAGACGCCAUAGUGGUCGAGAUCGCUCCUCACUGCCUUCUGUUGGUAAGGACGAGCAUCACCACAUUUUUUGCAUUAGAUGUGCAGCCGCCAUAG